AUGAAAACAGCAGUUUUUGGUCACGACGAAAUAUGCGACGAUACAACAUUAUCGUUGAACAGUGGCGCUAUACCGCCGUUAACAUUUGCGCCACCAGCAGCCCUAUCUGUUUCUUCGUCUUUACAAAUCCGUUGUGGUGGUGGCAGUGUCGCCAAUGCUGUGAGCAGUUAUCGGUCACAUCAUCCGCGACGUACCUCACGGAUGCAAAAUGUAAGUAUGCUUGUUUACUAA